AUGAUACAUUUACGAGACGCGUUGCGAAAAGGUGGCGCAAUAAAAUGCGUAAGCAUUGUCGAAAGUAGGCGCAGAAUAUGGGAUAAAGAGCUGAACAGAUUUUCCCCCAUAGGCAACAGAAAAUUGCACAGUACAAGUUCACCAAAUGGAGAACCACGUGAAGAUAACAACAGUGGUAACCUUAUUGGUGAAAAAAAAAAAAAAAAUAAUAAUUUCUUCAAAAGUUUGUUUGUGACAACAUUCUUCUGUUACACUUUCUACGAAAGUUUGCACAUUAUAAAGGAUCAUGAACUGGUUAGGGAAAAAAUAAAACAGCUCCCAGCGUUGUCUGACUUUAUAGACUUAAAAAUAAUGCCACUCGUAAUGUUCUUGGAUGGAAUGGCUGGCAAGCUUAAGGGGUACCUUCUCGUGAUUGUAAAAAAUGGCAAUUAUUAUUCGCUUCACUUGUAUCGCUCAUUAAAAGCGUUUAUCUUCAAGAGUGAUGACAAUUUCAGAAUUUUCGCCGGUCCGGUUGAAAGGCGGGAUUUGUCUGAGCCGCUUUCUUUUCUGAGGGAGGAGAACAGCAUAGAUGUUCCCGGUGAACCUGGUGAUGGCGAAGGAGGUACCCCUGCCACCGAUGCCACCACUCCUACCGCAAUCCUCCAUGAAGAUAAUUUGAAACACGCCCAUAUUGCGGAGGUUCCCCCCAGUGAACUGCACUCACUUAUCUACUUUGAUGAGGAGGUGCAUGGGGCUAAUAGCAUGCCGGAAGGAGGAACCCAUUACGAGGGCCUCCCAAGACAAGGGACGCCCAAGGAGACAGAAGAUGCGAAUACAGUUAUAGAGACUUCUCCUAAUGGUAACUUAGAGGAGCAUUCCUCAAGUGAUGACAUAAGAGUUGUCAUCGAUCUGUUCAACAAAGGAAACUCACCCGAUGGGGAAGAAGAACAAGAUGUGCUUAAUUUAUAUAGUGAGGAUAUGGCCACCGCCUGCCCCAUCGAUGGGUAUGACGAUAUGAGCACGGGGGGAACUACCGUUGAGAAUACGUCCGAUGGUGAAGAGACUUCUCAUGGAGAAGAGGAAAGGGUUGGCAAAAAAGAGAUGUUUCUAGCUGGACAAGUGGAAGAAACAGAGAGUAUGACAAAUGGGCAUCACAAGCCGAAUGAAAAUAUUUGUGCAAAUGGGGAAGCUAAUAAUCGAGGAGAGGAUUACCGCGCUGAUGUGCCGCUAAAUAGCGAGGCUCAGCAACCCCCCCGGAUCAGCAGCAUCAAGGAGAUCCAACAAUUAUUCUCAGAUGGAGUGGUUAAUGUCACGAAGAAGACGCAGGAUGAGGAGAACAAAGAGCAAAGGUACACUAAUCCGCAUAGAAAAACCGCGAAAACCUUGGUGGAGGUGAAAGGACUAUGCAAAGAAGAGCAGAAAAAGGAUGGAGGCGCGGAGAAAGUAAGUACGUACGAGACAAAUGCGGACAUUUUACCCCAAAGUGCUUCCCAUUACGUCGAAGAAAAAGACACAACUGAAGGAGGCGAACCGAGGGCGAAGACAAAGCGGAAUGAUAAUUGCGACGAUCAGUACAAUCCUAACACACCCCAGAGGAACCCCAAAAAUGGCACACACAUCAAAGCACUAAUAGCAGAGGGGCGAUCAGAAAUCCCACUGAACGAUAGGGAGAUAAAAGGAAUUGUAAAAAGUGAAGUCGAAAAAUUUGAAGGAGAAAUUAAAGAGCUGUCCAAGGAAGAGCUAAAGGAUAAAAUAAUCACCAUGUUCCUAAACGAGUUGAUAGCAAGAAAAUAUAAAGACAUAUUGAUGGAAGAAGAGAAGGAAGCACUGAUGAGAGUCCUAACGAUUAAGUAUAAUGAUAUAUAUUUAAAGGAAAAAGAAAAAAUGCAAAAAAAAUUAGAAAAAUGUAUGAGGAAGAAACUAAAACAGGCAGAAAUGAUACUAAAGAAAAGUUACGAAAGUGAAAAAGAAAUUUUCUCAUGUCUAAUGAGAAAUCAAAAAAAGGAAGAGGUCAAAAUGGAAAGAAAUAAAAUAGAAGAUGAAUUAAACAGGGUAAGGGAAAACUAUCUGAGUAAAAUAAAUUCCUAUGCUUGUGACGUCGAUGCUAUGAGGGACAAUCACUUUAGGGAGAAAGUCAAAAUGGAAAAGCUAGAGACUAUAAACGAUAUUCAAAAUAUACUCGUCCAUUUGCAGAACUGCAUUAUUCAAGAUUUAUCCAUUGAAUCUAUUUUAACAGAUUUGAAGAGAAAAUUUAAAAAAGAUCCUUUCCUAGACACGGUAUUCGCUACCUUGCCGGAUAACUUUUUUUCUCAUACGUUCAAACCAACAUGGAAUAACAUAGAUAAAAUGAAAAAAGAAUUUUACAUUUUAUACAAAGAAGGGGUGAGAGAAGCCUUCAUACAACAUAAUGAGAAUUACUUCAUAAAAAAAAUCAUAGGUAGGGUUGGUUCCUUUUUUUACUUAAAUUAUGAAGCCAAAAUGAGCAUUAUUUUGCAUCGAGCUUUGAAGGAUGAUUCUGCUUUAAAGUCUAACUUGGUACAUUUGUCUUACGCCUUAAGCAGCGUGCAGCAAAAUGACUUUGUCGAUGCCCUGCGCUAUAUUGAUGAGCUCACCGGCAGCUGCAAAAAUACGUUUUCACCCUUCAGCGAGCACGUCAGAAAUGUGAUUCUCUUUAGAUACUACUUGCGGCUAGCUGUGUCCAGGCUGAUGCUGGCCGGCAAGGCUUUGCGCCUGGCGGAGUAG